AUAUAUCUCGUUAGAUAGUAGGAGGAGUUGUUCACCCACAUCAACUUACUAUUGUCAGCUUCUUCCGUCCUUACUCUACAAAAGCCUAGACAUUGUUCUUCCAAAACCAUCAUUGUCUUCAGAGUAUACAAAGAUCUUAGACAAAACCCAAAAAAGAAUAUUCGAAGGUUUUCAACACAUUUGCAUAAAAUAAUUCAAAUGGCACACAGCAAAAUGAAUAUGAAUUUGGUUUUGGUUGUAAUCGCAAUGAUGUGCGCUGGAGCUACUGCGCAAUCGAGUUGUACAAAUGUGUUAGUCAGCCUGUCACCUUGUCUUAACUAUAUCACAGGGAAUUCCUCAACCCCGUCUUCAGGAUGCUGCUCAAAUCUUGCCAGUGUGGUGAGUUCACAGCCACUAUGCCUAUGUCAGGUUCUCGGCGGGGGUGCAUCGUCACUGGGAAUCAGCAUCAAUCAAACUCAGGCUCUGGCCUUGCCUGGUGCUUGCAAGGUGCAAACCCCACCCACCAGUCAGUGUAAAACUACUAAUGCUGCUUCCCCAGCAGACUCACCAGCAGGAACAGAAGCAGAGUCUCCAAAUUCAGUUCCAUCAGGAACCGGAUCAAAAUCCACUCCCUCAACCGGUGAUGGAUCAUCCAGUGGAAAUUCAAUCAAUCUGUCAAUUCCGCUGUUUCUAAUUUUGGCAGCAGCCUAUGCCUCAGUUUUCUGAACAUACUGAUUCUUUAAUCAGUUGGGUUCCCAUUUGAAAUGGCUAUUCUUUUGCUUGUUAUUGUCGAUUGUUGUAGUUUAAUCAUAUAUUGUCAAAGUCCCUUGUGUUGAAGGGUUCAGUCUAUUCAUUUUGCGACCUCUAUUGGGUUACGUGAUUUUGUAUUAUGAGAAGUCUUUAUUCUCUCCUUUAUCAAUAAAACAUGGAUUGAAAUUUGUGUGUUA